AAAUUAGAUAAAGUGAGAGAUAUUUGAUACUACUUCGUUUUGCAUAAAAAUCUUAUCUUUAUUUUGGCAGCCUCUGUUUUUCUUUCUUGGCGAAACGAAAGAAUAGAUUGAUAAACAUGUCAAUUUUGUCACCAAAUUCACACAUUCUGUACAGAGAAAUCCACCAAAAGGAGGCGCAGCAGCAGUUGUGGAGCAGUUCGAUCUGGGUGAAACAAAACGGGUCCGGGUUGGGGUUGGAUCGGAGCAGAAAUGAGUGGAGAAAACGAGCAAAGAGAGAUUUGAGGGCUUGCGCGUUUUGGCCUGAAUUGUCUAAGCCUUCAUCUGUGGAGAUGGAGCCCAUUCAAGAUACCGACCACUUUGAUCGGAUUUUGGAGUCUGCUAAAGAGCUGUCGCAACCCGUUCUUGUUGAUUGGAUGGCAGCCUGGUGCAGAAAAUGCAUAUUUCUCAAACCAAAAUUGGAAAAAUUAGCUGCUGAAUUUGAUACCAAGGUGACAUUCUACUAUGUAGAUGUGAACAAGGUGCCUCAAUCGUUGGUGAAGCGUGGAAACGUAUCAGUAUGUGAAAUGCAUUUCGAUUUCCAUCAUUUGUGGAAAGAUGGAGAGAUGAAGGCGGAAGUGAUAGGAGGGCACAAGGCGUGGCUGGUUAUUGAAGAAGUCAGAGAGAUGAUACACCAGUUUGAGUAAACACAAAGAGAGAGGGCUCUUCUUUUUUCUUUUUUUGCGUUUAUGCUUGUAAUUAUGUGUAAAUGUAACACAAAAGGCAUGUAAAUACGUUACACAUUUUCCAUCAAAAUGCACCAUACAUUUUUGAUA